AUGCCGGAAACCGAGGUCGAGGUAGAACGACUCACCGAGAUUCGACCGACGCGCGACAUGAAAAUGACGGGACGGGCCGAGACACGAACCCCUGAACCGCCCGACCGCAACGAACACGAAAAUUCACCUCCGCGAUUACUGAGACCGAGACGUUCCACCAGACCGCCUAACAAUUAUGCCCAGGAGCAAGAACUCGACAUCGAACAAAGCAACGCGCGUUCUCAGCGGGAGAAGAAGACUCAGGGCAAGCGGGUGGCCCAACGUGAACCGGUAGCCUCGGAAUCAUCAACAGAGAGCGAGGACCCGAACGCGUCAGAGCUGUUAAAGGAACUUGUCAAACUCAGGAAAGAGAUCAGACUGCGAGAUGAAUCACACAAGGUAGAGCUUCAAGAGGUCAAAGAAGAGUUUGCCGCCCUCAAAGAACAGUUUAAUGCCGCCCUUGCAGAAGUUCGACACGAGUUACAGACCCUGGCAGAUAGACCCGCGAUCCCGCAACCCUACCUCGAGCCAUGCUCUCAGAAUAACCACGAUGAGAUCCUGCGCGAGAUUCAGUCCUUACGCGAGGUGAUCAGCGCCCCCGCUUCGUUGAGCUCCCCCUCUUAUGCAGAUGUCGCGCGCACUCCUCCGACCAGUUACCCAAGCAACAUACGGACCUUGUCAACGCUGAACACGAGACCGACCACCUACACCGAAACUUUAUACUGUACGAUAGACACCUCGAAGAUGGCCGAAAGUGAAAAUGAGAAGAUAUCCGCAGGCUCAAUCAGGGCCGCAAUUGAGAAAGAGAUCCGAACGAUGGAUGAUCACACCUACUGGCGCUGUCGCGCGGUCACCCUGGUUAAGAAAGUGGCAGAAAAAAAGACCGGGAGAGGAGUCCGGGUGCUACGGGAUGAGCUCUACCCGGUCAAGGUUAAUAGUGUCAAGAGGGCUACGGUUUUGGAUGAGAACCAUGACGUCCUGGUAGGAGCAGCUGAAGCCAUGAGUGAGGGAAAUAAUACGACUGUUACUAAGAUUAAGUGGCUUAGUAGUAGGGAGGCCGCGAAGCCGUAUGGGUUAAUGGUUGUUUACCUCACCAGAGGCACUGACGCGCGGAGGCUCUUGGCCGACGGAUACUUCUAUGUUAGAGGGGAAUCCGGGAUAACCAGAGCCUUUAAACAUCGACCACGUCCGGUGCAAUGUUAUAACUGCCAGGAGAUUGGUCAUAAAGUAUUCCAAUGCAAGAAGACCCAGAAGUAUGCAAAAUAUGCCAUAGAGGGUCAUCAACAUAGUUGCUGCGAUCAAGAGGUUCUAAAGUGUAUUCUAUACGGUAGGCCACAUGAAUCGUUUAGUAAGAAUUACUUAAAACUCUACCUACCACGUUAUGAAUAA